GGUAGCACUGUAUUAGUAUGUCAGCCAUUGUUGAUUUUAGUGGAAAUGGUAAAUCGCAGUUCAUCGUUUUAUCAAAAUUAUAAUAUAAUAAAUGACGGAGGCAAAUGAAGAAAUAAACGAAAUUUUAAACGUUGAAGAUAUGCACACUAUGACAGAACUUGGUACAAGUGUACCAGCUUUUCUUGGGAAACUAUGGAAGCUGGUCGAGGAUCCCGAAACCGACGACCUUAUUUGUUGGGCUCCAAAUGGAAGAAGUUUUUUUAUUAGGAAUCAAGCACAAUUUGCUAGAGAACUUCUUCCUCACUAUUAUAAGCAUAAUAAUAUGGCCAGUUUCGUGAGGCAAUUAAAUAUGUAUGGAUUUCAUAAGAAAGUUUCAGUUGAAUUAGGUGGCUUGAAAUGUGACCGAGAUGAAAUGGAAUUUGCCCAUCAAUAUUUCUGUAAAGGACAUCCUUAUUUGUUAGAUCACAUUAAGAGAAAAAUUGCAACAGCAAAAAUUCAAGAUGCCUCGCAAACACCAAUAAAACCAGAAUUAAUGAAUAAAAUGUUGACGGAAGUAAGAAGCAUGAGAGGACGUCAAGAACAUUUAGAUUCAAAACUUGGAGCAAUGAAACGAGAGAAUGAGGCUCUUUGGAGGGAACUUGCAGUUUUGCGACAAAAACAUUUGAAACAACAACAAAUUGUUAAUAAAUUAAUACAUUUUUUGGUGACAUUAGUACAACCAUCCAGAAGUGGUGGUCUUUCCGUUAAAAGGCGGUAUCCACUUAUGAUUGAUGAUUCUAAUAGACAGCGAAGCAAACAAAGUAAAAUUAAUAGGGCUCAAGCAUCACCGGCUGGACCAGUUAUUCACGAGCUAGAUGCUUCGGAACCUGAUUUAGACUCACAAUAUAUAGUCGAUGAAAUAUUAGAAAAUCAACUUGAUCCAACAAUUCAAAGUCCCCAGUACUCAAAUCAACCAAUUAUCGAUGAAGACGCCUCUGAAGUUUUAAAUUUGGUGGAAUCAGUUGACAUGCCUGAAAAUAUUCAAUACAUUUCUCAAGAGAAAGGAAAUUCAAAAACGAACAAAUCUAAAGGCAAAAAGAAGAGGAAAAACAACGUGCCUAUCAAAAUUCUUAUACCAUCGAUGAAGAAGGGAGAAAAAUCCAGGGAAGAAACAAUAAUGUUAGAAAUUCCUGAGGAGAUAGAAGAACAAUCAGCUUUUGAUAAAAAAUCAAAAUCAAUACCACUCGCGACAGUUCGAAGUUCAAAACUUGCAGCGAUGGCAGCAAAUCUUAAUUCCGAUCAAGAUGUUGAAUUAAAUCAAGAAUUAUGUGAUGAUAUUGGCGAUUUAGAAGCAGCCGAUGUGCAUAUUGUUCAUGAUCCUGAUAUGCAACUUGACGAUAUUUUAAUUAUUCCAGAAAUGUUAAAUGAAGAUAACAUUAAAAAUGAUGAAAAUAAUGUUCUCAAUAGUGUCAUGAAUAAUAACAGUAAGAAUACAAAUAAUUCUGAUUCUGUUAAUAAUACAAAUUUUAAUGAAUUAUCAUCAAGAGAAAGGGAUGAAUUAAUUUUUACCAACAAUGACAAUUUGGAAUUAGAAAAAAAUAAUUCACAAAAUGGAGCGAGUACAAGUACAUCAUCAAAUAAUUUAUCACUUAGUUGCAUUAAUCCACCUGAAGCUGAUGGAGUGUGCAGGUUAGGUUCAUCACAGCAACAAGUUGAUGAUCACUUGGAUAAUGUGCAGAGUGAACUUGACAAUUUACGUGACAUUUUAAGAGGGGAAGGUUACAGUAUUGAUGCUAAUACUUUACUCGGCUUAUUUGGAAAUGAAGAUCCAAUGUCAUAUGGAAUUCCCAUGAAUCCUGAUUUAAAUCCAAAUGGUAAUCGUGAUAAGGAAGAUGAACUCAAUAACACAAAUAAUGGAAAUAGAGGAGAACUUAUGGCGUAUAAUCCAUCAACAUUAUUGGAUUUUGAUGAUGUUUUUAUGAAUGAAAAUACAUCACAAGAUUUUGCUACAGAUUCUGAAAAUUUCUCCACUGAUCCAUUGGAAUUGGAAAGUAAGAAUGCGAUUCUUGAUUCACUCAUCUCGGCAAAUAAUAAUAACGAUCAGGCAUCGAAAUAGAUUUUUUUUUUCUUUUUGGUGAGCCAUUAUCAUUUUUCAAUUGUUAAUUUUUUUGUUUUUUAAUUUCUAUUUUUUCAGUUAGCUGAUUUGUGAUUAUUUCAUGGUAAAAAAAAUUUUUUAAUACCAAUUUAUUUAUAAAUAUGAGGUUUUUUUUUAACAUCCACGUUAGUUUUACUUUUUUUUCUACAUUUACUUGAAAAAUUAAGUUAAAAAGAAAAAUUGUAAAUAGCAGACUUUUGUUUGGAUUUAUAUAUUAAUUUAAAAAAAAAAAAUUAAUCCAAAUUUCUUAGAGGCGUGCUAGUGUCUUAUCACCUGUAUCUACGUUGAAACGUUUUAUAUAGGGUAGAAAUUUUUCUACAUUGUAAGCUGUCUGAAGCAUGCAAUAAUUUCGUAAAUUUUAUUUUUUUGUAAUAAAGUUGUGAUAUAAAAAAGUAAUUAAUAUUUGUCAGAGAUAAAUAAAAAUUGAUAUGUGUAGAUAAAUAUCAA